AUGAAGGGUUCUUUUAGCUCUGAUGUUACCUUGGAUCAGUUCAGGGACAAGAUUCGUCAUAUGAACAACAAAUAUACAGCUAAAGAGAAGAGCGGUGAACAACAGGCUUCUAUUUUGAAUCCUCAUCAACAAAAGUGUUUUCAGUUAUCAAAGGCUAUUUGGGGAGCUGAUGGGAUAGCUUUUCAAUCUGCUAACGGUAAGUUAAAGAAGAGUGAGGGGAGAGUAUCAAAGAAGCGUGACUUGGUCUCUUCACUUAAGGGUAAGAAGGCUCAAGAAGCUAGUAAUUAUAAAAGAGGAGAUAUGAAGAAGUCUUCACUUGUUGAGAAAGGAUCUGAUUGGGAUGAUGAAAGUUCUUUCUUUCUUGGUAUGGAUUUUCUGAAAGAAAAAUGGACCAAGUUGCCAACUGAGACUAAGAAGGGAACCCAAGAGAAGAUGAAGAAGUUGCAUGCCAAUGAACUUGAAUGUCAAAAGUUUGAAAAGAUGUUGAAGACUAUGAAAGAUAAAUGUGCACAUGACAAGGUAGAGCUCUUGAAUGAGGUUACCUCUUUGAUCAUGGCAGCUGAUUAG